UAGUUUGUCUAUAUUCUCUUCAUCAGAAAUGGCUCAAACUCUAUAUUCCUCUCUUCUCCUCAUUGCUCUCUGCUCCAUAUCUGAAUGUGUUCAGCAUCAAUAUUACUAUAUAAAUGUGAACAAGACCUGGACUGAAGCUCAGAGAUACUGCAGAGAGAAAUACACAGAUCUGGCUACCAUUGACAACAUGAAUGAAUUAAACAACAUGAACAAGCUGGUGAAGAGUGAGAAUAAUGGAGCUACUGAAUAUGUCUGGACUGGUCUUCAGAGGAUGAGUGUUUAUAAAUGGCAUUGGUCUUCAGGUGAUCCUGCGCUCCUUCUGAACUGGGCAUCUGGACAACCAGCCGGCAGUGAUGAUUGCGCUGUUAUGAGAAAUGGACAGUGGUUUGAUGAGCCAUGUAGUAAAACUUGGAUUUUUAUCUGCUAUAACACAAACACAGGACUGGUGUUCGUUGAUCAGCUGAUGAACUGGAGAGCCGCUCAGAGUUACUGCAGACAGAAUCACAUUGAUCUGGUCAGUGUGAGGAACCAGAAUGAGAGUCAACAGCUGGAGAAGUUCAUUAAUGACAGAAACUCAUCUGGAUCUGCAGUCUGGAUCGGUCUGUUCAGAGACACAUGGCAGUGGUCAGAUCAGAGCAACUCCUCAUUCAGAUACUGGAACACUGCUGAACCAAACAAUGCUGGAGGUAUUCAAAACUGCAUCGGAAUGAAUCAGAAUGCACAGGGACGAUGGCAUGACAUCUCGUGCACCGGCUCAUUUCCUUUUGUGUGUCAUGAAGAUAAACUGAUUGUGAUCCAGCAGAAUCUGUCGUGGUCUGAAGCUCUGAGAUACUGCAGACAGAAUCAUGUGGAUCUGGUCUCGGUUCAGUCAGUGGAGAUGCAGCGUCGUGUGAUGAACGUGGUUAAACUGGCGUCUACUGAGGCGGUGUGGUUGGGUUUACACAACUACUGCAGCAUGAACAUGUGGCUCUGGGUGAAUGGAGACAUGGUGUGCUAUCAGAACUGGGCUCCAGGGAACGGCAGCACACCGGAAAACUGCAAACUGGAGAACAGAAAAGGAGCAGUUCAGUCUGGAGGAGAUCAGACCUGGAUCAGCCUUCCUGAAUCGCACAGACUCAACUUCAUCUGCACUAACUACUGAGAGUGAAAAAAAUAUGAGAUUAUCAGUGUCCAGUUCUGUGUUGUUGUGUUUCACGUGCUUGUUUUGGUCAUGUGAUUCCCUUGUCGUCUGUUUCAUGAGUUUCCCCUGUAUGUAAUUAGUUUAAUCAUGUCCCUUGUAUUUAUAUUCCUGAGUUUGUUUAAUUCCUUGUUCAGUAUUGAAUUGUCUACACCCUUGAUGUCACUCCAUGUUCCGAAGCCUGUAGUAAGUGUUUUGUUAAUAACUACUUGUUUUUAAAA